AUGGUUGCGUUAAAAAGAAAACAAGAAAAUGGGUUCAGUAAUGGUCACAGUAAUGGAAAUGGCAAAGCUGUCAAUGGUGAUUCGAAGAGAGCAAAGAAGGUUGUGAGUGCAUCAUCAUCUUUCAUUCUUCACUCAUAUUCAAAAUUACCAGAUAUCAACAGCAUUCCUAAGACAAAGACUACUCCUUUAGAUAUAUUCGUUUGGGGUACCGGCUCAAUGUGUGAACUUGGUCUCGGUCCAGAUGCUAAAACUAAAGAAGUCAAGAGGCCAAGACUCAACCCAUAUUUGACUAAGGAAGCUCUCGGAGGUGCCAGUAUUGUUGAUUUUGCUGUUGGUGGAAUGCACACUUUACUUUUAGAUUCUGAUAACAGACUUUGGUCAUGGGGUACUAACGAUAGUGGGGUUCUUGGUAGAGAUACUUCCAAGGUGGCAGAAAAAUUAAAGAAUGCAGAUGACGACUCAUCCGAUGAUGAAGAUGGUGAUUUGAAUGAAGCAGAAUCAACUCCUGGGUUAGUUGAGAAUCUCCCAAAGACAGAUAAUAAGAUUGUUCAAUUGGCUGCAACAGACAAUUUAAGUGCUGUAUUGUACGAUAAUGGUGAUGUCUAUGCCUGGGGUUGUUUCCGUUGUAAUGAAGGAUUACUUGGAUUCUUGAAAGAUGAAAUUAAAUUGCAACUGACUCCUUUAAAGAUUGAUCAACUCAAAAACAUUACACAAUUAGCCGGAGGUAAAGAUCAUUUAUUAGCAUUGGAUAUAAAAGGGAUUGUUUAUGCUUGGGGUAACGGACAACAAUUCCAACUUGGUCGUCGUAUUAUGGAAAGACACCGCUACAGAUCAUUAGAACCUCAACAAUUUGGGUUGUACAACAUUAAGUAUAUUGCCACUGGUGAUUUCCACUGUUUUGCAAUAGAUAACGAAGGAAAAGUCUAUGCUUGGGGUUUAAAUCAAUUCGGGCAAUGUGCAUUUACUGAUUCCGAAGGUAAUUUAGAAGAUGGAUCAUUAAUAACCAAACCAACAAUUAUUGAAAGUCUUUCUAAUAAAAAGAUUGUAUCUAUCGAAGCUGGUGAGCAUCAUACUUUAGCUUUAACCGAGUCUGGUGAUGUGUACGCUUGGGGAAGAUAUGAUAUGAAAGAAGUUGGUAUUGCCAAGGAAGAUCUUCCUGAAUCAACUUUCAAAGAUGCUCAUGGAAAUGCCAGAUCGAUUCCAGUUCCAACUAAAUUACACUUUGGUAAAAAGAGCAGCACUGAAGUCGAAUGUAAGGCAAUCGGAUGUGGAUCGCACCAUUCAUUUGCUGUAACUAAGGAUGGCUUCAUUUAUGCUUGGGGUUUUGGUGACACAUACGCUCCUGGAUUAGGUCCAUUAGAAGAAGAUGUUGAGAAGCCAACUCGUAUUGUCAAUACGGCUACAAAAUAUUAUGAUAUUCAACUCAUCGGAGCAGGAGGACAAUUCUCAGUUGCUGGUGGUUCUAAAAUUGAAGAUGAAGAUGCAGCUGAAGAUAGAAUCGACAAAUAUGAAGAGAUUGAUGGCUAG